GAGUCCACUUUAUUUGGCAUACGCGGCUAUAAUAUGUUGUUCAGCGCAUGAACACGACGAACAGUUAUUUCUGCCAUACGACGCGUGCCAGUCCUUGAAAGACGUGCAGCCGAACGCUGUCCCGCUCAACGAGGUAGGCCACUGCAGGCAGUAUGAGUGCUCUGGAGGCAAGAGCGGAAGCGAGCGCGCUCGACGUCGCCGCGGCGUCGCCCUACGACCGGCGCCGCGAGGUAGUGAAGGCCGUGCCCGGCGCGCGUCUCAUACACAGACGGCGCCUGGUGAACGACGAGGGCCGCGAGCUCACGCCGUCGGAGCUCGCCAUGCGCCGCGCGAGGAGGCGGCGCUUCAAGGACGAGUUUAUACCUAGAACGACCUACGAUAAGCACAGGGACGGCUACUACUUCGGCACGGGAGCUAGAGGCACGGGCUACUAUCUCGACGAAACUACGAUAGACUACGGCGACGUCGACGACGAGGGCUACGUGUUGGUGCGCGUCGCGCCGCCCGUCGCGUUACAAAGGGCCUUGCCACGAAGGCGAUCUGUCGGUAGACAGGGUUUACUGUUCGACGAGGCCUUCCUGGACGCGUUAGGCCCGGCGCACGGCGCGCCCUCGGAUAGGUAUUGCGUCGUCGCGCCGCCGUGGCUUUGCGGCAUGCCGCCUCCUCCUUCACGUUUUGAGAAGGAGAAUUCUGGUGGCACGAAGGCGACCUUUACAAAUGAAAUGGCGCGCGAGCGCCUCGCGUACCUGCGGAGACGGCACGACGACGAAAGUCGGAGGAGGAAGCUCUAUUCUAGGCCAAAAACGCUCACAAUCUGUUCAAAGAACGGGGCCGUCGUGCGCCUCCGCAAGGCGCUCGAUUCCGCGAAAAUCGCCGUGCUGGAGCCGGGCGCGACGUGUGUCGCUGACGAGGAGGCGUUGGAUGGUGUCGUACUGAGGUGUAGAAUAACAGAGCCGGUGCGCGGCUGGCUGUCGCGGAAAGUCGUGACGUGCCCCGACGCGGAUUUUGGGACGCUCGUCGGGACGCGGCGUCCCCUUUUAUUCGCGGUGCGUCGAUCACGAGUCUUCCCACGCAGGUCGCUCCGAAGGAGGCUGUACGACGUGUACCGGCGGGAAAUCAAGUACAGGGCCGCGCCGCGUCGAACCGUGACUUGGUGGCAGCGGAGCCCAAGACGCAGAUCGCAAUAUGCGAGGACGACGUCGUGGCGCUGCCCGUCGCUUGCGGCGAGAUGGCCUUCCGCGGCGACGCGCUCGAGCCGGUAUUUACGCAAAAGGGCCCCUGGGCCGUGCGCCUCGAGUUGGAAGGCGUCCACGAAAAACCGCUCGCCUUCGUCGCGACAAUAAAAAGGAAGACGCUCCUCAAAGAAUCACGGGUGUUGCUGGAGCUGUUCGCGAAGACGCACGCUGCUAAAUACGAUACAGAUAUCGGCGUCCUCGAACUCUACCAGGGCGGCCGCCGGAUCGACGAAGCGACAUUAAUCUGUGAACUUGUUGAGGACCUGGACGCGACGGCGCCUUCCAUAUCAGCGGCGUUUGUUGUCAAAAGGCGCCACGGUGCCUCUGAAGAAGCGGUGGUCUCGGCGCGGUCUUUGUUGUUGCAGAAGCGCGCCCCAGUUAUUGAUGACUGGUCGUCGCAAAAAGAGAUACUGGCGGCGAACGCGGCGAAGGGCCCCGGCCAACAACAGACGUCCGCCGAGAUAAGAGCCUACUGGGACGAGCAGAAGCGUUCGGGGUACAAGCACUGGCGCACGGACGCGGCGCUGCGGGGCUUCUACACGCGGACGGAGGACGAGGCCAAGGUUAAGCAGUGGGACGCGUCGUUGAAACCAAAACGCGGGUUCCUGGAGGGUUCAUCGGUGUAUUCCGAUGAGGUUGUGGCGGAGCGGAGGCGGCGGGACGCGUCUCUCGGGUCGAGCGAGGGGUGGCUGUCUUCGAAGCGGGGGUAG